UUUUGCGGCUAAGUCGCCCCCAAACCAAGCCUCUCUUCUAUCUUUGCAAACCCCCACCGCCCAAAACCCUAGUGCGUCCACCUCCCAAGCCCUAAUCUCCCCCCCAACCAAUUCAUCGGAUCCAUGGCGGAGUUUGCCGGCGUCUCCGUCUCCGACAUCUCCGCCUCGGCCUCGGGCCAACAACCUUUUGUUGCUGCUGCUUGCUUCGACCCUGGCCAGUUGCGGCUUCGACUACCGGACUCCGUCGAGAUCCGGUUCGAUCUCAAGACAGCCCAGGUUUUGAGAUUGAGCGCUGUGGCGUUGCUCUUUGUCACGGGGGAAUCGAAGAGUGGGAAUGAAGAUAAGAAUUCUUUCUCGAGAGCAUUAAAGUUUGAGUUUGGCACGGAGAAUGAGAGCCGAGAUUUUUGUUCUGCUGUUGAGAAGUGCAGACAUGGUAAGAUCAAUGGCACAUCUGAGGGUAUGAAUUUAUUUAAAGUUGCAGUCUUUUUUGAGUAGUAUGCAUU